AAAAACAACAUCUCACCUUCUUCCUUUAGUCCAAGUGCUGGAGCACGUUAGAGUGACCGCGGAGAGCGUCGGCUGUCAUGGAGUUCAGCGUUAAUACGGCGUGAAUUGCGAAGAAGAGGGGGACUUUCGAGUCGGAGGAGCGGAGCCACGAGUCGAGCCAUGGCCGCCCGGGAGGAAGGAGAGGUCCCGCACGGCAAAACAAGGCACCGCGACGGGGCUGGAAGUGUAAACAGCUCGGAGGGCUUCAGGAACGGCUACGUGAAGAGCUGCGUCACCCCCCUCAAACAGGACCGCGAGCGGGGCUUUUUGUUCAACGUGUGCAGGUUCUGCAAUGAGGACGUGCUCCACUCCACGCUGUUAAAGGUCUCUGCCCUCUACGUGGGCGCCUUUGUGGUCGUCGCGGCGUCGCUCCUCGUCUCUCGGAGCCUGCAAAGUGACUCGCCGUGGGAUUUGCGGACUUUCCUGUGGGGCUUCUCGCAGUCCGCCAGCCCGCUGUUCAGCAUCGGAUGUGCUUUCUUCUUCCUGACGCUGUACCUGCGGAGGAAGAAGCAGGGCAGCAGCAAGUGUUGGCUCGCCUCGCUGCCCGCGUCCUGCUACCUCGGGGAUUUUCUGGUGCUGCGGUUCCUGCAAUGGGGAGAGGAGCAGCACCAGAUGCAAAUGGUGGGCAGGUUGUUGUUCGUGCUGGGAUGCGUGGGUCUGCUCACGCUCAUCCCCACUCUCAAACUCAAACACAGCGUGCUGGUGCUGGUGUUCGCCAGCGUCGUGUGGCUCGUCUCCUUGACAAGUUUGAGCGGACUGCCCGCGCUGCUCCGGCCGCUCUUCGCCUGCCUCGCCGGGGUGUGCGGCUCCCUGACGGGGCUCUGCUUCGACCGUUACUACCCGUCGAGGGAGGCGCCGAGCGGGACCUCCGGCGCGGAGGAGAAGGUCCCAGUGAUCCGACCCCGGAGAAGGUCCAGCUGUGUGUCGCUGGGGGAGACGUCCACCAGCUAUUAUGGCAGCUGUAAAAUGCCCCGCAGACCCUCGUUGCCCUGUAUCUCCAGAGAACAGAUGAUCCUAUGGGACUGGGAUUUGAAACACUGGUACAAACCCCAGUAUCAGGGCGCGGUGAGUGGCAACGGCGUGGAUCUCUCAGUCAUCAACGAGGCUCGGAACUUGGUGUCGGACCUGCUGAUGGACUCGUCUCUGUCGCCCCACACCAUCACAUCUCUGCGCAGCAUCUCUAGCCUCAUGGGGACGUUCUCCGGCUCGUGCCGUCCCAGGGUCAACCCCUUCACCCCCUUCCCAGGUUUCUACCCCUGCGACGAGGUGGAGGAUGCUGUAGAGAGGCCGGACAGGAAAACCAUUAAGGGUUGGAGCAGCAGAAACAGCCUCCCCACCCCUCAGCCAAGGAGGAGCUCCACCUCCUCCUCCUCUGCGCUCUCUCCUCUGGAAUCCACCUCCUUACGCUGGGAGCGCAACAAUGGCAAGAGACCUCAGCCCGACCUCAACCUGACCAGCUCAAGUCUGUGCAAUGGGCCCAGUGCAAACCUGCUUACCAUUCCCAAGCAGAGGUCUUCCUCUGUUACCCUCACAUACCACGCAGGGUCGAGGAGAGCUGGUGCAUCUCCAAGCCUGAGCCCAGUCACCUCACCAAACCACAGUCCCCCUGCAGUAGGUAUGGGCUCUUCAUCGUCCCUCGUCACACGGUCGCCCGUGGAGUUCCCCGACACUGCCGACUUCCUGACAAAGCCGAGCGUCAGUCUGAACCUGCACAAACCCCUGAGCUACACCUUCAGCUCCCCUGAUUUCCAGCAGGCUUUCCGUGGCUCCCCCUUCCCCCUCUGCACCAGCUGCGGUCGUCAGAUGCUCAAAGGAGUUUCCAGCAGUGAUGCAGGGGAAUCUCAUCAAUCAUUCAGCAGUGAGGCUCAGCGCAGGCGCUCAGGAUGUGAUCUGGAGUUUGGCGGCGAGGCCCUGAUCAGGGAGGAGAGCCUGGAGGUGGACACGUCUGGAGACGGGAGGCCAGAUGCUGCAGGGAACCAGGGGCUGACCGACCAGAAGGAGAAGAGCCCAAGCACAGACCAGCAGAAUCAGGAAUCAGAGGGUGAGCGGGAGUUCAGGUUGGAUCCUAUGCUGGAGGACCACGAGGCUCUCAUGGAGAGGAUGAACACCUGGAACUUCCAGAUCUUUGACCUGGUGGACAGAACGGGAGGGAAGGCCGGAAGCAUACUUAGCUAUGUGACGUACACUCUUUUCCAGGAUACAUGUCUGUUUGAAAUUUUCAAAAUCCCGGUGAGGGAGUUCAUGUCGUACUUCUUUGCUCUGGAGAACGGCUACAGGGACAUUCCCUAUCAUAACCGCGUUCAUGCUACUGAUGUGCUACAUGCUGUCUGGUACCUGACCACUCGACCAAUCCCUGGGUUCCAGCAGAUCCACAGUGAGCAUGUGACAGGAAGCGACACAGAUUCAGAUAGUGGGAUCUCUCCUGGCAGGAUAUCCUAUGCCUCCUCCAAGAGCUCCUCCAUUUCAGACGACAGCUAUGGCUGCCUGGCCUGGAACAUACCUGCCCUGGAGCUCAUGGCCCUUUAUGUAGCAGCUGCAAUGCACGACUAUGACCACCCUGGUCGCACAAAUGCCUUUCUAGUAGCCACUAAUGCACAUCAGGCAGUGCUGUACAACGAUCGCUCGGUGCUGGAGAACCACCACGCUGCUUCUGCCUGGAGCCUCUACCUCUCCCAGCCCGAGUUCAACUUCCUGGUCAACCUGGAUCACGUGGAGUUCAAGCGAUUCCGCUUCCUCGUCAUCGAGGCCAUACUGGCCACAGACCUCAAGAAGCACUUUGACUUCCUGGCUGAGUUCAAUGCCAAGGUGAACGAUGUGAACAGUCCAGGAAUCGACUGGACCAAUGAGAAUGACCGACUGCUGGUGUGCCAAGUGUGUAUUAAGCUGGCAGACAUCAAUGGACCCGCCAAAGUCCGUGACCUGCAUCUCAAGUGGACAGAGGGAAUUGUCAAUGAGUUUUAUGAGCAGGGCGACGAGGAGGCUCAGCUGGGAUUACCCGUCAGCCCCUUCAUGGACCGCUCCUCCCCGCAGCUGGCCAAGCUGCAGGAGUCCUUCAUCACACAUAUUGUUGGACCACUUUGUAACUCCUACGACGCUGCUGGCCUUCUCCCCGGCCACUGGAUCAAUGAGGCGGGAUCAGACGAGGACGAAGAAGAGGGGCAGGUGGACACUGACACCGAUGAAGACGAGGAAGAUGAGCUAGAAGAUGAGCUUGCACCAAAAAGGAAGAAGAGCCACCGCAGGUUGUUCUGCAGCAUCAUGCAGCACUUGACGGAGAACCACAAGGUGUGGAAGAAGAUCAUCGACGAGGAGGAGAAGAGCAAAGAGCUCGGCAAACAGCAGCCGCCGGACAGCCUGCCCGCCAGCCUGCCUGCCUCCCCGUCAGACGACAUCCAGGUCAUCCAGGAGGAGGAGGAGGGAGACGAGCGUCAGUAGCAGGAGGAAGAAGUAAAGAAACAGAGACGCGUGAAAAAAGAAGAUGGCUAGAGUCACGAGUCCCUCGACCACCUGCCUUUCACCGACAUGAACACAGACAUGAGGAACACACACAGACAUUUGACAAAUGCACAUAAAACACACUUUUCUCUCUCUCUCACACACACACACAUUUAAAGAUUCACUGUGCAGACUUAAGCAGUCACAUUGAUCUUGGAGAAACAAAAAGGCCUUACUACUGUGAGCGGAUCCUUGCUGCAACGGUGGGAGCCAAACUCCUAUGCACUUUCACCCCCAUGGAGAGUCGAGUGCACCCAGACAGAAAGAGAGGGGGGAAAAGCACCAGAACUGAGGAGGAGGGUGCGGAGGAAGAGAGCGGACGGGGUCCAGCGUCGACCCCAUGGUCACCUGGCUGUGAUGCUGCCUUGAAUGCAAAGCGCUUACACCUCCCUUAGGUACAAAAAAUUCCCGUCUAUUUAAGAAACGAAAGGUAGAGGAAAAAUAAUGACGCGAGCAACAUCAUCGAGUGAUGGAUACCCUUUACCAAAGUGAACCGUUCAAACACGGAGAAAGAUGAGAGACUGAGACUGUUUCAGCCUCAGUGUCAGGUUUAUUUUUGAAUUAUAUAUAUAUACAUACAUGAAUAUAUAUAUAUAUAUAUAUAUCAAAUGUGCCUGUCUGAACCUUUACUGAGUCCAUUUUGGCCCAGAGCCGAGGCUUGUGUAGUUCUCUCUUCUUGCUGGCGACACGAAACACUGUAUAAGACUCAGUCAAAGAGACAUUAUUGAAAUGUUGACUGAUUAUUAGCAUUAUAUCUGCAUCAUUUUUGAUGCUUUUACUCAUGUGUACCACCUGUCUUUUAUUUUGUUGUUCCUUUUUUGACCCUUUAACUCCCCUCGCUUCAUUUUGUCUGUGUGUGCGUGAAUAUGUUUUUGGUGGGAAUGUGAUGGAGCGAAUGAGUCGGGAGAAAGAGAGCACAUUUUUAAUUAUUUUAGUAUGUAAUUUGUGUGUGUGUCUUUGUGUCCUUUCAUUAAUGGUUGGUUUCUAACCAGUGAGAUGUCCUCUGGUGUUUUAACAUGUUGCAUUCAGACCAGGAGUGCUGUCUCAAUGAAUGGAUUCUUCACUUUCCUCUUUUUGAUUCUAAGUAUUUUUUUAAAGGUUACUCAGGAUUCAUGCAAAGUUGAAUAAUUAUUUUGCAAGAAUUUGUGUCAUUAAAAUGAAAACUUCACAGAGACAAUUAAAAAAAUCUGGGUGACUAAAGUAGUUUGUAAUAUCUCGAUGAGCAACUUGAUUACGAACCAAUCCAAGCAAUUCAAAUCCUCUGUGACAGAGGAGCGUUCAGUCUGUGCCGUCUCCUGGCCAAUCUUACACUGUCUGCGUAAACUUUUCACCACCUCACUGGAGAGAGAAAAAAACGAAGCUUAUCUCGAUCGUCGGCAGACCGCAAAAGUCUCUCUCCUGCAGCAACACAACACAUCUGCACAACGUUGCUCUACAACAGUACGGAGCAAGUCAAGUUUUCUUAGUUCAACGCUCCCCGCGUUGUUUUUAAACAAACACAACGUCUGGGUGUCUGUGUUUCGCUGAGCAACCACACGCUGACGUUUAGACAAACUUGAGAGCUCACCCAUCUCCUCAUUUCCGCAUUUACUCUUUAUUUUGAGUUUUGUUACCGAACCCAUAACUCGGCCAGUGUGUAAUGAAGGGAUCCAGGGUUUCAUGUCACUUUGGUUUUGUUUAUACAUAUCUAUAUUUUAUGAUAAAGGUUUAAAAAAAAACUACUAGUUCUCUAUUGUAUUCUCUCAGAACUCUUGGCAUUCCACUAGAAAAAUAUGUUUUUAAUAAAGGGAAGGCGGAGUUGUCGCCUCCCCCCCACCUUAUUAAAUCAUAAUCUCUGGACAGAACGUUAAGUAAAGCAGUGUAAAUCAGGAUAGAGAUAUUUAAAGACAAAAAAGUAGAUAACGUGUGCACAUUUUAUUACCAAACAAGUGUUUAGCCACUGUACAAAAGAGUAGGUGCAUAUAAAUUAUAUAUAUUUUUUGAAAUAAUCAAAUGAAUGCAUCUGUUUUCUACAUGCAGCUGACAUAUUGUACAUGGAGAUCCUGUAACUGCCGUUGUGUCCGCAGAGUUUAGAACCUGCUUCUCUUCACAGGUGUGGAAUUGUCGGGUUUUUGAGUUCUGAUUUGUCACUCACUCUUAGCCUCUCCCUGUUCUGUUUCAUAACCACUCUUGUAUUCUCCAUCAUCUCCCUCCCUCUAUCGCUGUCGACCCAACUAGUGCCAAACUUUACCUACAUGCAGUAGUUUCCCGGGCUGUGAUUGGCUGAUUCGGCGGACGUUUCUUUUUGGGCUCCGGUGCCGUUCACACAAGAGAAGCUCAUUGAUUCAAAUGGUCCACUGGGUUUAAAGGGACAAUGGUAGGAGUCGGAGUUGAACUCAGGUCAGAGCCAUACACAUUCUGUUUGUUCACACGGACGCAGGCUGGAUCAUAAAGCCCGGGUAGCCCCCGACCCGACAUGUUUCAGACUCAUUAAGUUGUAGAACUCUGUUGGCUUAUCACUGUGCAGUCUGUCAAACCACGGUGUCCUCUAAUGAUUGUGCCAUAAAUACAUCUAUGAAUGGUUGUUUCCCUUAUGUAGCAUCGAUAUAUGUACGUUUGUCUAAUGUAACCAUUCACCCUUUAUCUACAUUGUGGGGGCAACUGAUUUUUGUUGUUAUUUAUAGCUGUCAUAAAACACCAUCCCUAAA